CAACGAGACGGAACAAUUUUUAUCUUUCAAUUUCGUCAUGAAUUGUACGAAAAUAAUGAAAAUGUUCUAAUGCCUCGAAUUGGAGUGGUUUCGACCUUUUCGGGCUUUAUCAAAGAGGACCUAAACACGGACUUCGUGUUCUCAAAACUUUUUUUGAUUCAAAAUAGAAAGUUUCGAAUAUUAUGAACCUUUGGAUUUUAUUUAUUUCAAUCACACUGCUGCUAUGCCAUGUAGUUUCUAUAGGAGGGAAUCAUUUUGUAAAUGAAUGGGCUGUGGAAAUUCCUGGUGGAAUACGUCAAGCUCGAGAGGUUGCUAAAUCUCAUGGAUAUGAAAUCGUUAAGGAAAUAAAACCAUUCGAAGAUCACUAUGUAUUACGUCAUCGUGACGUACCAGUUCGAUCUAGACGUGAGGCUCAUCAUCACACACGGCGUCUAGAGAAGGAUGGACGAGUGAGAUGGGCAGACCAACAAGUGGAAAAAAUUCGAAGAAAACGAGGCGAUGCUGUCCGUAACUCAGAAGCGAGUUUACAUUUUAUAGACCCUUUAUGGAACAAGGAGUGGUAUUUGCAUGAUACUCGAACUGAUCUCAGUCUUCCAAAACUCGAUUUACACGUGGUUCCAGUUUGGGCUCAAGGAAUCACUGGAAAAGGCAUCGUCGUCAGUGUAUUGGAUGACGGUAUAGAGCACAAUCACACUGAUUUAGCACAAAACUAUGACCCAUACGCUAGUUAUGACUUAAAUGACGAGGACAAUGACCCUCAGCCUCGUUAUGAUCCAACCAAUGAAAACAAACACGGUACAAGAUGUGCAGGUGAAAUCGCCAUGGUGGCAAAUAACAGCAAAUGUGGAGUUGGAGUCGCAUACAACUCAAGGAUUGGAGGUGUUCGAAUGUUGGAUGGUCGGGUCACAGACCAUCUGGAGGCGUCCGCCAUUGCUUUCAAUCAUACUUAUGUAGAUGUAUACAGCGCCUCCUGGGGACCAAAUGAUGACGGGAAAACAGUGGAAGGUCCAGGUCCACUUGCUAUGAAAGCUUUUGAAAAGGGAAUUAAAGAGGGACGAGGAGGAAAAGGAGUUAUCUACUCUUGGGCCUCUGGAAAUGGAGGUCGUCUUGGGGACAACUGCGACUGUGAUGGAUACACCGGAAGUAUUUACACCAUCUCUAUAAACAGUGCGUCACAGCAUCUACACACGCCUUGGUACGCAGAGAAAUGCGCGUCAACCAUUGCGUCAGCAUACUCUAGUGGAGCAUAUAAUGACCAAAGAAUUGCAAGCGCUGAUUUACACGGGAGGUGCACAACUCAACACACAGGGACGUCUGCUGCGGCGCCUCUGGCUGCUGGAAUUUUUGCUCUUGUUCUGGAAGCUAAUCCUAACUUAACCUGGCGUGACAUGCAACAUCUCAUAACAUGGACAGCGGAAUAUUCAGCUCUAAAACACAACGCAGGCUGGAGAAAAAAUGGCGGAGGAUUCUGGGUCAACAAUGCGUUUGGAUUUGGACUUCUUAAUGCCAAAGCCAUGGUUGAAGUGUCCAAGAAUUGGGUUACAGUUCCCGAAAAAUAUAUCUGCUAUGUAGGAACAAAAGAAACGCAAACAAACUUCCCACAGUCAAUUCAGAGUGGCCAAGAAUUGGAAAUAGAACUCACAACAACGGGUUGUAAAGGACAGAUAAAUGAAAUUAACUUCCUAGAACAUGUGCAAAUUGAAUUAGACAUGGAAUACACAAAACGCGGGGACGUAGCCAUCAACCUCACUUCAGCUUUGGGUAUUGAAACAAUGAUACUAGCAGAGAGACCGUUAGAUAAAUCCAGUGAUGGGUUCCGUAAAUGGAAAUUUAUGUCUGUGCAUUCUUGGGGUGAAAAUCCAGCAGGUACCUGGAAAGUUAAAGUUAGAGAUAUGAAAGGGAAAAAUAAUUCAGGAACUAUAAAAUCGGCGCGCUUAAUACUGCAUGGAACAAAAGACAUCCCUCAUCACGUGACACAAAAUGGAGGACAUCGUGUAUACAACGACGAAUACAAUCUGGUUAAGGACGAACGAGAUGAACGACGUGAAAUGGCUAAAAAACUAGAACAUCUUGUCCAAACUUUCCUGUAGAAGCUGGGUGGGGAAACUUGUUAAUGUUUAAACAAAUAAAAGUCUUUAAAAAUG